CGCCGCUACAAAAAUGACAAGUGGCACGGUAGAGGUCCUGGCAGAGAUUAGCAAACGGACAAAUGAAGCUGCACAUGACUGGUGGAGGCGCAUGGCAUGACACAGUGCAUGAAUCUUGCGCAGCAGCAAGGUUUGGGCAUCGGGGCAUAAAAAUCUGGCCAAGAGCCCGGCAAUCCUCGCAGGCCCAUCCGCGACUCCAAAUGUGUGCACCUCAGGUCACGCUGCUGGGAGCUGCAGGACAGGAUUACUCAACGUGUUCUACGUCACCACCGCCCUCGGCUGCCACCUUUAAUCACUUUGCACGUGAGCAAAAUAACGCGUAUAGUGGCUAAAAACAAACCUCGCGGCAAGAGAACAAGAAGCAAGUGCCGGUGCAGUGGCAGAAUCGCAUCAUUGUCGAGUGCACUCAGGAAACCGCACGCAUGCGCGUUGCAUACUUACUCCUUC